AUGCAAGUGAUCAAGAUUCUUCAAGAUGAGAGCAGCACCGCACUACGAAGAUUCUCAGUCUCCGUUUUCCAACUCCCAAAGAUUUCCCUAGUCGCAGUGCAUCCCGCAGAGAGCAAAGCUUUUGACGACUUGGACGACUGCAUUGAUAGAGUUUUGGCUGAGGGAGAUGAGGAAGCGCCGCAGGGUCUCAAGGAAUCGGUUGAAGAGGCACUGAUAGCCGAGAUCGAGCCUAGCGCGAUAUGGGCGAUGACGAUGGCAUUGACACUCCCCAGCGUGAUAGUCUGCCUUCUAUUCUCUGAUAUAGGUUUUGGAGUCGAUGUAUACAACGUUCUCUACGACUUCGAGACUCUCUCUAUCGCGCUUUAUUCCAUUCUCAUCGCCUUGUGCAUCUCGCUCUUCCUCUGCGAUGUUCAACGGUGGCAACUUUGGCCGAAGCUCGGCGCGUGCGUGAUAGGUUGGGCACUUUUCGUCUCAGCGACUCUGCUGAACGGCACGUCGUACCCCCAAGGGCCGCUCAUCGUGGGACUCCUCCACGGUCCUGUCCUGCUGGGCGUCAUAAGGUAUCUAUUGUGUAUCCGAGUCUAUUCUGGAGUGUUCUACCGAGCAGUGUACAUCCUCGCAGUGGUGCUCGGUCUGCUGGUGCUUGGUUUGUGGUUAUGUUGGAUUGUGGUCGAGAACUGGGAUGGCCAGCACUACUGGAACGAAGAUGAACGGACGAGACUCAGCCUGGAGCUCGACGAUCUCCACAAGGCGCUCAAAGUGGACUACAUUUUGCACUGUGUGAAGGUAGCUGGAGGGCAGGGUGCGUUGUCCGUGGACCCUGAGGAGAAUAAUCGCCUUUAUGAAAAGUGUUCGACGACUUUAACGACGGCGUAUAUUGUAUAUGUUACUCCGAUGAUAGUGUCCUUCACGCUGUUGGUGCUGGCCGUAUUCUGCAAGCUGCGGGCGAAGAAUGCCUUGGUGGAAAAUGGAGAUGCGUUGUCGAACUCGCAGGAAACCGAGGCUUCGCUGAAGACAUUUGUGGUCUUCACCAGUCUGUUGAUCAUGUGCUUCUGGAUAGCAUCGUCGAUCGCGGGCUCGUCGAGUAGCAUGUCGGGCGCGGUGAUGGGAUUUGCUGCCGCUGGAUCGCUGGUUUUGUUCGUCUGGGCGUUUCUGUCGUUUGGAAAGGCCCGUCUUGUCGAAGCUGCCCAUAAGUCACCUUUGGUGGCUUCCUUACUUGAUAUGGCCUCGAGCGACUGGGCUCGUGCUUUGUUCAUAUGCAUGGUUAAUGUUGGAUUGCUGAUUGUCGUUCUUCUCGACUUCUUACGACAGUGUAUUCGGUCACUGUGGUGGAAGGACCGACCGGAGAAAGAACGCGGGAAGCUAUCUGGUGGUAUGAGUGAGUUCGUGGAGCGCCUGAAGGGCUGGCACUGGGGAAACGUGCCAGUUUACGUGACUGCUGGUAUCGUCAUCUCGGCGAGGUCCUAUUGCAGUGAUGAAAGCGAUAGCAGUUGUAUAGGCUUCUGGCAAGGUACUGUAGUUGCCACGAUUCUCGGUUUUGUAUUGAAGUUGAAUGCCGUGGUUAUGCAGCAGAAACUAAUAGGGGAGGAACUCGGGAAGAGCGUUCGAAUACAAAAGUUUGUUGGCAUUGACAAGCCUGGCAUCAGAGCGAUAGAGAAGAUAUUGAAACAACCCGGUUACAGCAUGGCGAAAGUGGCGAUUCUCUGCGGCGGUCCGGACUGGCCGACCAGCGUCCUCACAGGAAUUAUGAGGCUCAGUGUGGUGCAGAUGCUUCUAGGAACGAUGCCGUGUAUUUUUCUGAUUAUUCCCUGUGUUUUGAGCGGAGCGUUGCUGAAUAGAACCGGAGAGGGCGCGAUUUGGAGCGCUCUUGCGUCGACGGUGCUGGCGGUGGCUGGGUUGAUACAAGCAGUUGCGAUGGUGUUUGCGGCGUAUAUUUUGCAGAACACGGCUCAGAAGCCGGAACACGAGGCGGUGGCAGAAUUGACGCGUCAAGAGGCGAUGAGAAAUGAGACCACUUCGAGGCUCACAGAGUGGACAGCCUUGCCAACGUAUACUAAAAUCCUCCUAGUGCUUGCGGGCUCCUUCUCGACGUUGUGCUUUCGCCCGUUCGAGCUGACGGAUCGAAUCUCUGAGGAGUUCAGUGAAGGCGGCCUCGACGGGUCCGUGGUGAAUCUCUUGAAGCCGUUGGGAUGGCUCAGUUUGACUAGCGUGGAUGCUGAAAUCGAUCGGCUGAUCGAUAUUGGACACAAUCCACGAGAUUACACGGUCGCUGGCGAGAGGCGCAGAAGGGAGUCUGACGUUUCUAUAGAGCGCAAGUUGGAACGCUCGUCGUCAGUGAAAUUCCGCAGGGAGGUUUAUGAGGAGGCGUCUAAAAUGGCAGAGGAACACUACUUGGCGGGCUGGAUGGCUCGGGAAGGAACUGACGACUCAAUAGUAAAGACCACCACUGCGGUAAUUAAGAAGGAAGAAAAGCAGACACCGUGGCGGAGCGAUUUCAAAUGUGGAUCGGGCUGGCCGUCGGACGACGGCAAACGAGAGAAAUCUGAGUGCAACCCUGAUGGAGAGUUUCCAUGUUGCAGCACGAGCGGGUAUCGAGAUCGUGAGAGUCACUACAAGAAGUUCGAGCGCCACUUCGCUGAUUUUGUCCGAGAACUGAAUGCCGAGAAUCGGCGAAAUCAAGAGUUUCAUAUAUUCCUCAUCGAGCAGUUCGACAACCAGUUGUUCAACAGGGGAUGGUUGUUCAAUGUUGGGUUCACCGAGGCAUUGCGGAGUCUCAAUGAAAAGCAACCAGACUGCAUAGUGAUGCAAGAUGUUGACAACUUACCUAUGUCGGGGAUCGAACUCGGGUAUCAUCAGAGAUGUUCUGAAGGUAUUGGCGACUACGCCACAACCAACUACUGCGGGGAGGAUGUAAUCCCUUUUGCCAAUCACAACCCGGAAGCGUCGAAGUAA